AUGGCCAACAAAAGUGACAACUGUACCAACGUGGAUGAGCUGAUGAAGCGCUAUUACCUGCCUGUCUGCUACGGCAUCAUCUUCGUCGGAGGCCUCGUGGGCAACACAACCGGCUUAUUCAUCUACGUGACCAAACUGCGUCCAUGGCAGAGUAGCAGCAUCAUCAUGAUCAACCUGGCACUGACCGACCUCCUCUACGUCCUCAGCAUGCCUUUCUUUGUCUACUACUACAACAACGGAGACUCGUGGGCGCUCGGCGAGUUCAUGUGCCGCUUCGUGCGCUUCGGCUUUCAUUUCAACCUAUACGGGAGCAUCCUUUUCCUGACGUGCAUCGCCGUUUUCCGAUACGUGGUUGUGGUUCGGCCUCUGUGGGCGGUGCAGGUGCAGCAGAAGUGUUGGGGCAUCGUCGCGUGCACUGUUGUGUGGAUUAUCGCCGCCGCUGAAAUCACACCCAUGCUGAUUGUGAUUGACAUGAAAGAGCAAGACAACCAGACCUACUGCCUGGACUUCGCUAGCACCAUAGAUGUCAACGAUGUGCGACUUUACAGCUGGUUGCUCACUCUGUUCGGAUUCCUACUCCCCCUAGUGGUAGUGUUCAUGUGCUACAUCGGCAUAGUGAGGCAGCUGGCCAAUGGGCCCAUCACCAGCAGCUCGUGUCGGAAGAGGGCACGUCGGGUGACUGUGCUGAUCCUGGUGGUGUUUGUCGUGUGUUUCAUGCCGUAUCACAUCUUGCGUGCUUUGCGGAUUGAAACGCGCAACAUGUCACACCUGUCGUGCACCGUGGAAGAUAUAGUGCAUGCGGCGUACAUCAUCUCCAGGCCUGUGGCUGGAUUUAACACAUUCUUUAACCUGGCUCUGUACACACUUUCAGGUGAUAAGUUCAGGAGAGCAUUCAUUAGCACCUUCUGCUGUAAGUGUUCACUGAAUCAGAGCCGAUCGUUGGUCAACCUGGCCAUUAUCAGCAAGACAGGCAGCGAUGCGCCUGCUGAGUGA